AAAGCUAUUAAAAUGCGUCAAAAAUUUAAAUUUGGGGGAUUUGAGCUUCAAUUUGGGGGAAUUUUAGUUUAAAAGUGGGGGAUUUAGAAAAUCGCAUCUGGCAACUCUGAGUUUGUGGCCGAGCUGGAAAAAAGAAAAUGGAAAUUGUGAAAACAUCUAGCUAGUUUUGAGUGUCUUUUUCGAACGAUUUGACCCAAUUUUGUAUAAUAGCAGUGCGAUUUUUUUACAUUCGAAGAAAUAGCGCGGAUCUGUGUUAAAAUUCUUGCAAUGUACCGUCUUUGUUUCGGACCUUCUCGACCCAUAUUAGCUCUCCUUAAGGCUGGAGUUGACAACUUCAAUUAAUUAUGUUCUUUCUGAUUGAACAUAUUUAUUUUGCACAAUGAAGAAUUGUUUUUGUAUUGCACUUCCCCUGGCGGUUGAAAAAUGAGUACCAGGCCCAGCUCUGGCUCAAAGCUACCAACAGGGCAUAGGAGAUCGGAGUCUAGCGGACAUCACAGACACAGUUCGGGUAGCAGUUUCAAUCAGAACAAGUCAGACUCUGGCCAGAGCAUCAAUUCUGACUACCACGGACACCAGAAACAUGGACAUCACAGAUCGAAAUCUAGUGUGGUUGAGAGAGAGGUGGAAAAGGAGCAGACAGCUACUCCUAGAUCUUCUCUUCGACUCGAUUUCCGCCCUGUCCAACAAGAAGGCCAUCAUUAUGCAGCUAGACCAACAUCUCUCUAUCCUCUGAGAUCGAAUGACAGUGGUAUAAUUGGUCACGAUCCUCUUCAACCAGAGAGGGAGCCACUUAGGUUUGACGUAACCCUCGUGGGGGCACCUCCGGAAGUGGAGCAGCUAGUUAACAACAUCAAGCAGGUAGCUGAGCAGUUUCUGUACCACUGGAAGACGUUUCCUAUAAUUCUUCCUAGUCCGGUGUCACACUGUGAUCUAUUCACCACAUCUCAGGUAUCUUCGGAUGGAUCUUUGGGUCGUAUGAAGUCGAAGUACCACCUCAGGGAUCUGUUUAUAGCGCCAUCUUUCGACGAGUUGGAUGCUGUAGCCGUGGACGGAAAAGGAGAACCAAGAAGACUGACUGGAAAGCAGCUCGAAUAUAUCAGAGAAAGAGGCUUGCACAAGGACAAAUUUGGAAAACCAAAAAGAUUGAACCAGGAACAACUAGAAAGUAUUAGAUUAAAUGGCGUGUUUGAGGUAGAAUCUCUUAACUUUCCUGGACAAAAACAUAAAUGGAAAUUAUCGCAGCUAUUACAAAAAGGCCUGUUGAACAGCCACGAUUCUCUGUUAAAUGAUUUAGCGUUAGCGGUGAGGUUUAUAGUGGUAACAGCUAAAGGGCGGCUCGUGUCCCAUUUCUUUAGUCUUUCCCAGGCGGCUAGAGGUCUGUUGACAGGAUUUCUAAGGAUAGUCGAUGUUUUGAUUGGGAUUCCUAGUCUUCAAGCUCAUAAUUUGGAAUCCAAGCUGAGAGAAGAGAGGAAUAAGUACCUUGUAGCGGAAUUGGUAUGUAGGCCUGAAAAUGAAGAUUCUUUGGAAGUACUGUGUUCUUUCAUCCGCAAACAGCUACGAAGGGCAGCUACCGAAAAGUUCGAGGUCACUAGAGAAUGUUCACAACCGCCAGUGUCUGUCCCCUACAAAUUUCUAACACCUUCUGGGUCCGAACUAGAUCUUCGGCUAUGGGACAGAUCGCUGAUGAGGAAGCUACUGCCCAUUCUAGUUUCGAUAUUGGAGCGGGAAACUAGGGGAUGGUUCUUGCAUUUUAGAGAAAGACUGAUCGCCGAAUUGAGGACUCAGAAGAUGCCUGAUGAGGAUAUCGAGAGGGAAGUCAACGAAGCCGUAAUGAAAGAAUACCUUCAAAGAGUCUACAACAGCAUCCUUGCUCAUCCAGACAUCAUGGCUCUAGGCGAAGAUUUCGGGCAGCUCCUGGUCCAGCAAGCACAAAGCGUAGUUCUGAUGCACAGAGCCGUAGAGAACGUUCAACAUCGGUUGUACAAGUCACAAGAAGAGGUUAAAAUUAGGUUGUGUAGCACUCAUCCAGUGUUGUCUAGAAUAGGACCUUGGUUGAGAGCCAAACUUCGAGCUGCCGAACAAAAAUUUAGUCAAGAGAAUCAGUGGAGUGCUCACGAAGAGGCUCUAAUGUUGUGCAAUUCGCAGAGGUUGUUGCAGACUGUAUAUUUUCUUAAUAGGGAUUUAACUUUUAUGAAAGAAAGAGAACCUGCUUUGCUAAGAGAGCUGAGAAAAGACAAAAUACCGACCAGAAGCUUCCUAUGGCCAACGCAGAUAUGGUUACCGAAAAAUUGGAUAAUUAGAAGAAACUUCCAAGGCCAGUCAGAGGUCGUACCGACUGUUUUAAGCAAGCAGGCAACCAGUAUUACCACUCCUCGGUCUGAUCCUAGUCAACCAGUAUUUCUAGUCGAAAAAGAAACCAUCAGGACCACAACUACUCGCUGGCCUAUAUGGAGGAUCUUCAACUACUUCCAUCGCACUUGGUGCUGGACUUGGAACGCCAUGUUCUUCUUCGGCAUAGUUCUUCCUUGGUGUAGCCCAGUAGGUCUAAGGGCUCUGUUCUGCCUUGAACCUUUCAUGGCGGAUUUAGAAUUGUCCCAGGUUAACGGGACUUUGUUUCCUAGAAAGAGCAGUUUAACUCCGACGCUGAUGUCUAGGUUACUGAGUCUUUGGAGGCAUAUUUCAAAAUCUAGGACGCAUUUUGAAACCAAGCCUGAUACAGGGUUCAUAGGGAAAGGGCUUACUAGACAUCUGAAUAGGAUUUGGAAUUAUUUCAUCAAGGGGUUAUUUGGUACAGUUCUCAUAGUAGUCAUCUUUCCAAUAGCGUGUUUCAUAGUGACUUUCGCCAGUCUCUUUGUCGCCCUGACCUGCGUCCUUUGGAUGCCGGCUCUCACAUUAGCAGUUCAAGUUACGAAUCUCCUCAUUUACGAUUUAGAUAGUCCGGAACAACAACGGAACCGAUUUUUUGUUAUAUUGGAAGCAGUUCUGUGGAAUAUUUCGUUUCAAGGUUGUUUGCAGCCCUUACUAGCCUUAUUUGUAGCUGUUGUUGUGUGUCCCGUGAUAUCGCUUACGAUUUUAGCAGGCGGUUUCGUCCGCUACUGGUUACGUCUUCUCUGGGACGCCUUGAUCUUCCAUAUGUUAAUCAAAAAACGCGGCCGUAUCCCGGCCAGUGACAGCUUCGUGGUGAAACGAAUAGCGGGCCCCGGCUUGGCUUCCGAUUACUACUUCCAGAUUAGUCCAGAACAAGCCCUAGCUGCCUUCGAAGCCAAGAUGGAGUGGGACGAGCUGGCGGCCUAUCAAUCCGUCAUCGAGAGCACCAUCGUCCAACCCCAGAAGGACUUCAGCCAUUUCGUAGAAGCUUGUUUCGGGAGUUUUUCCACGCAGCUUGCCAAGAACGGGGCGUAUAGAAGUUUGGAGAAGGAGGCGCAAGAUUUGAUGGGGAUUUUGCACGAGAAGUUGGAGAAGAGGAGGAGGGACUUGCAGACGGGCCUUAGCGUUACGGUCAAGAGUAAAGUCAAGCUUAGCACGCCAGAUUUAAAGAUUUCCAUUCAGCAAGGUGCCCUGAUGCUGGAACGGUUUUAUCCAAAACAAAUCAUUCCGAAACUGGGUUGUACAGAAGAUCAGUUCUGGGACAGUCGAGCGCUGAGCCCUGGCGAUUGGGCUGGCCUGGCCGGACUUCUGUAUUCGGAACUGUUCAGUUUAGAUUUCCUAACGCCUUUGGAUCAUACGGAUACUAGUUUUAGGCUUGAUUCACACUCGCAAGUCGACCUGAGCCGGUACACCGAUAUGGUCCAGUGUGCUCAAUUAGGAGCAGGCGGUCCUGAUUUAUUGGGGAACGUUUAUACACCCAGAGGAAAUAUCCAAGUUCACUCUCCAUACCUCGACGUUUCUGCAUUUAAUCCUAGGUCUAAAUUAACUGCCACUGGGAAGAAAGCAGAGAAGGCAGAAGAUACAUCUGCCGCACUGGGUUCUCUCAAAACGAAUUGCAGGGCGACCCUUUGGAUGCCCUGGAAGAAACACAGCCGUCCUUUUUCACCAGACAAGAUGAUGAUUCCGCUUCCCAUUCCGCAUCCAGCUCACAUUGCCGUUACUAUAUACAAUAGAGAUUCCGACGAUCCGAUUCCGUUGGAAUCGGAUCUCUGCCAAAGCAUUUUGAGGGGUAUCGAAGAAAGCCAUGUAUCACCGGACGAUAGUGGAAUAGGUAGAUUUAAGGGCGGAGCCGACUCCUUCGGAGGUACCACCAGUUCCAGUUCCAACACACUAGACAGCCAGCCGAUCGAAGAAUCCACCAAUGAAUCAACGGACGGCGUCUACCGAUGGACGCUGAGCAACUGGGGAGGCGGCAGGAAACGCCAGAACUCCGGCAGCGUGCGCGUCGACCUCGCCAGUCCGGAAGACGUCACUUUAGACAGCGAUAGCACCAGAGUGGUAUUCUGUACGUACGGUACGACUGUAUGAUAAGGAGUCUUUGCUUUGAAAGGUCGAAGUCGGUUUUUUGUUUAGAGUUUGGUGUUUUAAGUAAAAGAUGCACGUUAAUAUCAAAUCUCAGUGAUCAAGAUUGUCACCAGUUAAUCGUAGUACAGUGAAUUGUUUUUUUAUUUAAAAUACCACAUCAUGAAUAAGGUAGUCUCAAAGAAAUGUGUGAAAUAGAUUGUCCGAUGAGCCAAUAAUGUAGAUAAACAAUGUGUUUCGGUUGCAGUAAAUGAUUAUAACAUCAUUAACGUCCAUAAGUACAAAAUAGAUGGAGCCAAAUUACUUAAUGAUAUAUUUUUAAAUACAUAAAUAGUAGACAUUUAUAAUAAAUGGUCAAAAAAUAUCA